AUGAAGUUGAAGUUUUACUUUGAUUUACUGAGGGCGUUCUUGUGGGGCUUUCGUAAGCGCAGACUCGCAAUUGAAAACAGUGUGAUUGACGAUGUUUCCAUUUGGAAGCGGAAGCGAUACUUGGUUUUCCUGCUCUUGUCGCUGGGCUUCAUGUGUGUCGCCUUCAUGAAAAUCUGCCUGGCAGUGGCGAUUGUGGAAAUGGCAGGAGAUGAUCAUGACUUCGAUUGGGACACGAGAAAGCAGGGAUUCGUCAUCAGCACCUUCCUGUACGGCUACAUAACUUCUCAGCUCCUUGGCGGAUUGGCUUGCAGAAAGUUCAGUCCAAUCCAUAUUUUCUCCACUGGCGUUGGAGUGGCGGGACUCUUAGCCAUCCUGCUUCCUUCAGUGGCUGAAUUAGGCUACGAAUGGGUGAUGGUUUUGCGAAUUGUGCAGGGAUUUAUGCUGGGCACGAGUUAUCCUGUCCUCUUGACUCUGAUAACCCGUUGGGCGCUGAUGCACGAGCGCGCCAGGCUGAUUUCUUUGGCCCUCUUUGGGAUGUACACCGGAGGAGUGCUGUCGCUUCCAGUUUCAGGCGCUCUCAUCGCUGCCUUCGGCUGGAGAAGCGUCUUCACCGUGUCUGGCUCUUGUGGUCUGAUCUGGGCGCUCGUGUUCGUGAGCGUGGUGAAAGCUGGUCCAGAAGUCGACGUGCUCAUCACUGAGCGAGAGAAAAUGUUCAUUCUUCAGCAGCUCGAGGGAAUCACACCGAAACAGCAUGUCAUCCCGUGGAAGGGCAUUUUCACGAGCUCCGGCGUUUGGGCAAUUGCGGCGAUGGCUUUUGCCCAAAUGUGGGGAUCAUCAACGUAUUUGGCGCAACUUCCCCGCUUCCUGAAAGAUGUUAUGCAUUUGAGCAUCGACGAAGCUGCCUUCCUGUCUGCGUGUCCUUUCCUCUUCACCUGCAUCUCAAUGCUGGUUUCUGGAUUCAUUGUGGACUUGGUUAUUCAGAAGAGAUUCUUCACAGCUCAUCAAACGCGUCGUUUGUUCACUCUAUUUGCUUAUGUUUUGCAAACGACUUUAGUAGUGACUUCAAUUCAUUUGCCCGACAAGAUCAGCUUCAUUGUCGUCCUGACUUUAGGAGUGAUUUGGGAACCUCUCGCCAUCGCCUGUUUCACUGUUAAUAUCGUCGAUCUCUGUCCAGUUUCCGCUCCUAUUAUCCUGUCUCUGACGAGCACAGUGUCCUCGAUUGCAGGAAUAUUAACACCAAUUGCUGUUGGAUUUCUCGCCCAAAAUAAGACGCUUAAAGAGUGGCAAACAAUCUUCUACAUCAUCGGAACAUUUUAUAUUGCUGCUGCCACGAUUUAUUGGAUAUUCAGCAAGUCUGAUAUUCAGCCCUGGUCGCCGGUGAAGAAUCGCCCAGAAAAUAACCAAAACACCCAAAACACAGAGACUCCUUGA